GUGAUUUAUAUAAAGUGACAUAUAAAGUGACAUCCGCAGUUGACUCAGCACUUCAUUAUACACGUAGACGUUCUGGUCUUGGAUAAAGUUCCAUUUAUAAAUUGGUGCAGUAAACCAAAGAAGCAUUGUUUUAGUGCUCUCGAUGCUUAGAAUAUUGUGUGCUAAAAUAGAGUCGGUGACAAAAAACCUAAAUUCCAGAAUUUACGAAUGACUCCAAGUCAAAAUAAAUGGCCAAUAUGUGAAGAAUUUCUAUGGCAAUUUCCAUUUCUCACCAAUUAUACAAAAGCGACUAAUCGGUUUUUAAGUUUCGGGAAAUAUCUGUUUAAGACUAAAUAUCAAAUCAUAGAAAAGCUAGUCAAUCUUGGUCUGUUCUUAAACACUGAAACAAGUGACGUAAUUUGCUUUCAUUGUGGAGAAAAAAUUGGAAGUUUGAAUGAGCUUGCGGACAAAAGCAACGAGGCUUUGGAGAAGAGGCACCACGAUAUUUCCCCAAGCUGCACAUAUUUUGAACCAAGCGAUCAAUUAAAUUUGGGGGAAAAUUUGAAUUAUAAAUACGAGUCUCACCGAUUGAUUUCAUUUAUUAAAAACAAUGUUGAAUGGAUUGCCCCCGUGCCAAUACAUGAAUUGGCAAAAUCCGGAUUUUAUUUCAUUGGACCGGAAGACAAUGUGCAAUGCGAAUUUUGCAAACUCCAGGUGAGAGGAUGGGAGCCUGGUGACACUGCGGAUGGAGAACAUCGAAGGUGGAAUGAAGAAUGCCCAAUUUUUAAGGCAUCACAUUGCGCCAACGUGCCAAUUGGCUGCGAAAUUGAAGACACUGAUGUGAAGGCCGUCAGCGUGCUCAACGGAUCAUUAUAUGACGGAAAAGUUGUGCUUUUCAAUAGGAACUUGAGAAGAAUAGUAGAGGAGGCACUCGGAAUAUUCAAGAUCAAAGAGGCGAAAUACAAAAAGUAUGCCGUGCUGGGCGCCAGACUGAAGUCGCUCAAAAACUGGCCGAAAAGCCUCGCACAAAGGCCAGCUAGCCUGGCAGCAGCCGGAUUUUUCUACACAGGCGCCGGAGACAGAGUCUGUUGUUUUUCCUGCGGUCUCGGAUUAAAAGAUUGGCUCUCGACAGACGAUCCCUUUAGCGAGCAUGCCAAGUGGAGCUGCACUUGCGAUUUUGUAAUUUUAGCCAAAGGUGUGGCUUGUGCGCAAAGCACUGAUUGUAGCAUUACCGGUCUAGAAAAGGAAAAGGGAAGCGACUAUCAGGCCGUGCAAUUUCAAGUGCCGCUUGUGCUACAUUUCCAUCACUGAUCUGAUUUCAAUAAAGUCGUCAGUCGCUGUGACAGGGUGGUGACACUUGAGGAGGACUAAUUGCUGAGAAAAUCGAGUCACGCGACUCGGAGGAAAGGGUUGCUCCACUACUCUGUUUGCAUAAAUUAAGUAGGGGUGGCCGGUGUUAGAUUGGCAGCUGAAAAGGGUCGAGAGGGAGUUUUGCUGGCUGAAUGAGCCGUGCCAGCAGCGAGAUUGAGUAUUCAGCUAUUUUUCCGAGUGAGAAAAUGCUUUUGUCGCCACAUUAGCACCCCAUCGGCCUGGAUUGUUUUAUCAGCAUGAAGGCAAAAAGGCGCGAGCGGAACGCCAAAAACGCACGGAAAAGCUGCGGGCUUUUCGCCUCUCUUGGAAACAUUUUAUAUUUUUCGUCGAGUGACUGGUAUGCGGUAGAUGAUAUGGUGGUUGAGGGUUUUUGAAAUAGAAAACGACGCACGCACUGGCGGACCUUAAUUUUACCUACUAAAUUAAGGAAUUUUCAACAAAAGAAAAAAUGACACACAUUUUGUUUGACUAAAUUUUUAGUGUGCGAAAAUUCAUAAUCUCAAUUUAUAGAACAAGUGAAUGAACUUAUAUUUUUUAUUGAAAUCCAUAUUGCCAUGUAUGUGUGUCGGAUUACCUUAGAAUGACUAAAGCUGAUUUAUGCUUCAUAGUUAACCAAGUGAAUAUACUGAA